GGAAGACCUCAAGAUCCACGAACACGGGAGGCUCGGGUUUCUGAUCCUUUCUUUUUACAGCAUUAGUUGUGACGAGGCAAUACAACAUAGUUAAGUUUUAAAUGAUGGAAUUAAAUAUAGAUCCUGAUGAUGAGCUAAUGCCCAAGAGAAUUAUUCUAGAAAAAAUGCAAAUUGAUCCAAGAAGAGCUCGUUUUCCCUUCUGUAUUGUAUGGACACCCCUCCCUGUCAUUUCAUGGUUCCUACCUUUCAUUGGCCACAUUGGUAUCUGCCGAGAAGAUGGGGUCAUCUUGGACUUUGCAGGACCCAAUUUUGUAUGUGUGGACAACUUUACGUUUGGGGCAGUGGCCCGCUACAUCCAGUUAAACAGAGAAGAGCAGUGCUGUGUUUCUCCUUUUGCUGAGCAUGAAAUUCCUGAUAGAUAUGGACAGAGUGAUCUUGUUACUGAGAUGAUGACAUGGGAUGAUGCACUACGGAAGAGCACACAGGAAUUCCAGCACCAUUCAUACAGCUUAUUUACCUGUAAUUGCCACUCCUUUGUUGCAAAUAAUCUUAAUAGGUUGGGCUAUGGUGGCACUGGCAGGUGGAAUGUGGUGAACCUGGCAACAUUUAUCUUUCUCAAGGGACAUUGGGUUAGUAAAGGAGCUAUUGUGAAGUCCUUUUUACCAUUUGUUCUAGUUCUUAGCCUAGGGCUAAUGUUCGGUGGUUGGACCUUUCUCAUUGGGUUGGCUUUCUUUGCCCUCAUUCUUGUUGGUUGGUUUCUUCUUGGUACGUAUUUCUUCCAGGGUCUGAUCCAGUUGUAGCUUUUCCUGUUAUGAAUGUAAAUCCUGGUGCUUU